AUGGCCGGCGGUGGUUUUACUGGUCCGCCGGGCAGCAAGGACUAUCCCGGCAAGAUGACUGGGUAUGUCUUCCUCGCCUGUCUCGUCGCCUCCUCCGGCGGUCUCAUCUUCGGUUACGACAUCGGCAUUUCCGGCGGAGUGACGUCGAUGGACUCGUUUCUGACGAAGUUCUUUCCGGAGGUGUACCGCAAGGAGCAGCGGGCGACAGGGAGCAAUCAGUACUGCGAGUUCAACAGUCAGCUGCUGACGACGUUCACCUCCUCGCUGUAUCUGGCCGCUCUCGUCGCCUGCUUCUUCGCGUCCACCAUCACGCGCGUCUUCGGCCGCAAGCUUUCCAUGCUCGGCGGCGGGCUCAUCUUCAUGGUCGGCGCCAUCAUCAACGGGGCCGCCAGGAACGUGGCCAUGCUCAUCGUCGGACGCAUCCUGCUCGGCCUCGGCAUCGGAUUCACCAACCAGUCGGUGCCUCUGUACCUCUCGGAGAUGGCGCCCCCGCGGCACCGGGGGAUGCUGAACAUCGGGUUCCAGCUGAUGAUCACGAUCGGCAUCUUCAUCGCGAACCUGAUCAACUACGGGACGUCGAAGAUCAAGGGGGGCUGGGGCUGGCGCGUGGGGCUGGGCCUGGCCGUGGUGCCGGCGCUGAUCAUGACGGUGGGGUCCCUCUUCCUCCCGGACACCCCCAACUCGCUCAUCGACCGGGGCCACAAGGACGAGGCCCGGACCAUGCUGCGACGCGUGCGGGGCACCGAUGACAUCGCCGCGGAGUUCGAGGACCUGGUGCAGGCUAGCGAGGCGUCCCAGGCCGUGAAGCACCCGUGGUCGGCCCUGAUGCGCCGGCGCUACCGCCCGCAGUUCAUCAUGUCGUUCAUGAUCGGCGGGCUGCAGCAGCUGACCGGGAUCAACGUGGUGAUGUUCUACGCGCCCGUGCUCUUCAAGACCCUCGGGUUCGGCGCCGAGGCCUCCCUGAUGUCGGCCGUCAUCACCGGCCUCAUCAACGUCUUCUCCACCCUGGUGUCCGUCUUCACCGUCGACCGCAUCGGCCGCCGCGUGCUCUUCCUGCAGGGCAGCGUGCAGAUGACGGCGUCCCAGGUGGUGGUCGGCGCGCUUAUCGGGGCCAAGUUCGGCACGGACGGCAUCGGCACCAUCUCCAGGGGCUACGCCAUCCUCGUCGUCGUCUUCGUCUGCCUCUUCGUCUCCGCCUUCGCCUGGUCCUGGGGCCCGCUCGGCUGGCUGGUCCCCAGCGAGAUCUACCCGCUGGAGAUCCGCUCGGCCGCGCAGAGCAUCACCGUCUCCGUCAACAUGCUCUUCACCUUCCUCGUCGCCCAGAUCUUCCUCCCCAUGCUCUGCGCCUUCAAGUUCGGCCUCUUCUUCUUCUUCGCCGCCUGGAACAUCAUCAACUUCCUCUACAUCGCCGUCCUGCUCCCCGAGACCAAGGGCAUCCCCAUCGAGGAGAUGUCCCGCAUCUGGAAGCAGCACUUCAUCUGGUCCAGGUACGUCACCGCCGGCAGGAAUAAGCCGAUGAAGAUGGUCAUGACAAGCACCCAACCGCCGAAGAAGUAGAAGAGGCCGAACUUCAAGCGGCAGAGCAAGGUGAGGAAUGCCUGUCCAAUUAUGAAGGUGAAGAACAUGUUCACCGACACGUUAAUGCUUUGGCCGGCGGAUCGGAUUUCGAGGGGGAAGAU